GUUGAGUGUGUGUGUGUUAGCAGUCGCACAAACGCUGUUUGCCAUGAACACAGCAACCAAAUGGAAGACAGAUAUUCUGAGGAUUUUAGUCUCUUCCUGUCCAUUACCAGGUCUUCUCUGUGGCUGAUGAUAUAAUGCUGACAGCUGACAGUGUUUUCACAUCUCUCCUGCUGCUCAUCUGCUCUCCUGUCCUUUGCUCUUCUAUUGGGCCUCCAGUGCUGUCUUGCUAUGCCAAGACAGAGGACCAACUUUUUAAAAGACUCUUCAGGAACUAUCAGAAAUGGGUGAGACCAGUGGAGGAUCUGAAUGGAACGGUGCAGGUGAAAUUUGGACUGGCUAUCUCUCAGCUGGUGGAUGUGGAUGAGAAGAACCAGCUGAUGACCACCAAUGUUUGGAUUAAGCAGGAGUGGACAGACAUGAAGCUCAGAUGGAAUCCAGAUGAUUACCUGGGAAUCACCUCCAUCAGAAUUCCCUCAGACUCAAUCUGGAUUCCUGACAUUGUGCUGUAUGACAAUGCAGAUGGUAAUUUUGAGGCCACUGUAACAAAAGCAGUUGUGCGAUAUGAUGGGACUAUAUCCUGGACCCCUCCUGCCAAUUAUAAAUCAGCCUGCACCAUCGAUGUGACCUUCUUCCCCUUUGACAUUCAGAACUGCUCUAUGAAAUUUGGUUCCUGGACAUAUGACGGUUCACAGGUGGACAUUCUCCUCAAAGACGUGCAUGUUGACAAGCAAGACUAUUUUGACAACGGGGAGUGGGAAAUCGUGAAGGCAAUUGGCAGCCGAGGCUUGAGAACCGACGGCACAUUUUUCUACCCAUCCAUCACCUACUCCUUUAUCAUCCGCCGUCUUCCUCUCUUCUAUACACUGUUCCUCAGAUGGCGCAUCUUUUUGCACCACCUGCCUAAAGUUCUGUGCAUGCACAGCCAUGUGGACCGCUACGCCAGUGCUGCUGGCAUCCAGAGGGCAGACAGGACACUAAGAGGAGGUCUGGGUUAUGGGAUGAGUUUGGGUCAGGAAGCAACCCCACUGCUCAAUGCAAAACUCCGUUUUCAGGCAGCCCUGGAAUCUAUAUGCUACAUCAAUCUUCAAAAAGCAUGUCUUGCAUAAGUGGCAUGUGUUGUGCAAGACUGGAAGUUUGUGGCCCAGGUUCUGGACAGGGUUUUCCUGUGGGCAUUCCUUCUGGUGUCAGUGUUUGGUUCUGCUCUGCUUUUCAUUCCUGUUAUCUAUAAAUGGGCCAACAUCAUUGUCCCCAACUAUGCUGGAAGUAACAACUAAAGCACAUGAAUGUAUACAAUAUAUAAUAUAGGGUAAAAUGACUAGAAAUAUUGGUCAACAAUUUGACCCAAAACUUGGGUUAAGAUCGUCAUCACAUUGAGAACUAUAGUCUUUAAAAAGCUAUGCAGUGUAUGGUAUUAGACAUUAGUCAAGGGAUAAACAUUUGUUAAGGUAUCUAUAUUUAAAUGUUAUAACCUGUCAGUUUUUUUAAACAUAUUUGAAUCCUUAUGUCAGGUGUAUGAUUUUCAUGUACAUGACAUAUUCAUGUGUUGACUUCAUCUUAAUA